AUAAAAUCGAUACGUCAAAAGUGACAAGAUUGACAAUGACAGUUUGAAAUUAAACAUUCCAAAAUAUUUAGUAAUGCGGCAUUUAAAUCGAAUUUUUACGAAUUUAACGUGUCGAUGGAAUCAGAGAGGUUAUUAGUGGCGGCCGGAUUAACGGCCGCAGCCGUUGUCGGCGCUUUCGUUUUUUGGGGCCCCUCAACAAGCGCCGGCGGUCGAGGGAGGUUAGCCGGGCUCGUUAAUUUAGGAAAAACGUGUUUUUUAAACGCUAUUUUACACGCUUUGGCCGCUUGCCCUCAAUUUGUGGUGUUUUUAGAGAAGGAUACUUCGAUUAAAGACACGAGUUUGAGGUCAACUUUGGCUACGGUUUUAUCAGUUGUAAAUGGUACGAAUAGAUCAAUACAAGAUACUUACGCCCCAGCUGCAGUUAUAAGUGCUUUGAAACGAUUGGGUUGGGUAAUCCCGGCUGGAGAACAAGAUGCCCACGAACUUUUAAACGUUAUUUUGACAACGCUUGAAGAAGAGAUGCAAAAAUCGACUCGGAAUACCGGUUGUCUUUCGGAUGCGUUAGGUUUAAAUUUGGUAAAUAACACGUUCGAUGAUCAAUCUCAAGAUGAACGCCACGAUAAUGAUAUUGAUUUUGAUCCAACGGGAAGUGUGAUGUCGUUAAACGAUUUGUCAAGGCCUUUAAGUCUUAGUUUUGGGUCCGCGCGGCGAUAUCGCUGGAUUUCGAGAUCGUGUCGAUCUCUUUUAGUGACGGCUCCGCCUCCGCAACCCGUUACACACCCAUUUACGGGGACUUUAACGAGUCAAUUGCGAUGUACGCAGUGUGGGUAUAAAUCGAGCGUUCGCUACGACAAAUUUGAAAGUUUAUCUUUGGCGCUACCGUCGGGGAUGGGCGAUUUAGGUUACGGAAGGCACAAAUUGCAUCAAUUGUUGACGAAUUUUGUUACACCCGAGAUUGUACCUGAUGUUUUAUGUGAUGGUUGUAAUAAAGAUCGUGAUCCGAACGAUGCGUCCCCUCCAAUUUUUUCGAAACAAAUUAAAAUCUUGAAUUUUGGGAAGUUACCGAUUUGUUUGUGUAUUCAUAUAUCGAGGAAUACUUGGUCGCCAAAUGGAAUGUCGAAGAGGCAGGAUUAUGUACAAUUCCCAAUGAGGUUGUCUUUGGCGAGUUACACGUUUUUGCAAGCUCAAUAUCAAAGAAAACUAACCGGGACGUUUUUUAUGAGCACAAGUGAAGGGGGGAGUCCGUUAUCGAAUAGCAUGCCAACAUCGUGGAAUGCGGGUUCUUUGAGUGAUAACGCUUGGAGAAAUGUUUAUCAAUUGGCGGCUGUUGUGGUUCAUACAGGAAAUGCACAUUCAGGACAUUUUAUAACUUAUCGAAGGGGGCAUCAAAACACCAAGUGGUAUUAUACGUCAGAUGUUGAAAUCCGUGAAGUAUCAAUGGAUGAAGUACUACAAUGCACCGCUUAUAUGCUCUUUUACGAAAAAACCUCGCACUUGGGCACCUUUUAGUCUAGAUAACAUGAAAAAUUCCAAGAAACCAAAGCUUCUUGUUAGGGGAUAUCUAUUUUUCUUCAUUAAUUUCAUUUCUUUUUUGUUGUUUUGUGUACAUAAUUCAUCAUGUAAUACUUGUUAAGGUUACUUUUUAGUAAAAUUUAAAAAUUA